UCUGCAUUCAGUUAUUCGCCGAUAAUUGAUGUCAAAGGACGCGUUACGGCGUCGGUCAUACGGCGCGUAUAAUUAACAAGGAUUUCAGUAAUAAACUAAUUGUUGCAAAGUCAGUUCCGGGUUCAGUGAUUUCUAAUUUCCAUCUUUGCCGUACUUUCGCGCUGCUUCAAGUGUCGUUGCUGCUGCUAACGCCAUACUUAUUUAUUGUUUUUGUAUUUGUUUGCCAUUACUUUUUGUGUGAAUAACGGUUUUUGCCUUGCAUUGUUACCAUACUUUUUAUCGAUAAACCGUCACACGUACACACACACACGUACAAUAUCACAACAUUACGCGUGCGCGCACUCGUUUAUUCAACGCCCUUUUUACUGUCGUCGUCGGCAAUCGGCAAGCAAGUCUGCUUUCGUCACCGCUCAUUUUUAUCGCCGCCAGCCUCUGCCGCAGCAAUGCCGAAAGAAGAUCCAUUCGUAAAUCGCGCCCAAUUGCUAAAAGCUAUCAAAAAGUAUCCAGAGAUAUGGGAUUCGAAUAAUAAGCUGCAUAUGUGCCGUAGCGUCACCGCGCCCAUGUGGAACGAGAUAGCCGAACAGUUUGGCGGGCACGUUCCAACAGUUAAACUGCAGUCCAUCUGGAGUCAAAUGAAGUACCACUACCACAAUCUUGUGCAUCGCCAGAUCCUGCACAAGGAACGUUUCACCACUAAAUGGGAGCAUUUUGAACCGAUGUCUUUCAUGUAUAACAUCACUGUGGCAAAGAUAGUAGGUGCUGCUGGUGCGGCCAAUGAUGGCAGCCAACAGCACUUGCAGUCCCCGACUGCAGUGUCACUCCCGACGCCACCACCUACGCCAACCACACCACAAACGCAAGGGCGCGGACGACCAAGUGGUAGCUUUACAUGGCUACCGCAACCGCCACAACUACAAACGCAGCAGCAACAAGAGCAGCAACUACAACAGCAGUUGGUCCAGACACCUUUGCCACAACAAGAAAUGCAUGAACAGCUGACGUCACUUGGCGGUAUACCCCAAUCAUUGCUCACUUCGACGCCACUAACACCUCAGACUGAGAUCAGUGUUGAGACGAGCCCCUUUAUUGGUUUCACCGGGCUUGUGCCACCAGCGGCUAUAACGGUAGAGGCUACUACGACACCAAUGCGCAAGCCGGGACGCCCUGGAUCGAUGAACAACAGCAUGCGCGGACGUAUUAUUGACGUGAUCAAAGCGCAUCCACCUUUGUGGGCGGGCCGACAGCAAGAGGCUGUGCCAGGGCAGCGAAAGGCGCAAAAUCGUACGUCGGCGGUGUGGAAGGAAGUAGCGGCUGAGUUGGGACUGACGGCAAGUCUCGUACAAACACGUUGGUCCAUUAUCAAGCAGCGCUAUGUGGAUGAAUUGCAGAAAGAGCGUCGCGCUCACUUCACUCAACAGUCGUUCCACUCCACUUGGGAGCACUUUGAACGCAUGGACUUCAUGCGUGACAUACUCAUCAAGAAGGUGGACGAGCGUGAACAAACUCGUGAACAGAUACAAGAAAUCGUCAGCGAACAUCAGCAGCUGCAGUCAGCGGCAGCACAACAUAUGCGUUACAUGCGUCUGGGUAUGCCGCCACCUAUGAGCAUGUUGGGCGCCACUUCAGGCGUGUAUGAAGACGGUGGAGUGGUGGGCAUGGUGCCUUUGCAUCAAGCAAGCAGCUUAGUCGGCGCUGGUGUCACGAGUAUGGGACGCCGUGGGAUCAGUUCCGGUGGCGGUCGUGUAAAGGCCGAGUCGGAUUUAGAAUGGGAUCCCUUUGAGAUGAUACUGCAUGUGCAUGGCACUGAGCCGGCAGCUAACUGAAUGCGAGGUGUUGCAGGGUAAAUGAAAGAGGAAGAAGAAAAGGGCAAGAUAAAAAUAAGAAAUUAAAGUUCUUAAUAAUAGGAGACGUUAGAUUUACAUAUAAGUAAGAAAGUAAAAUAAAUCAAUGGAAAUGAUCCUGGGGGAUAUAAAAGAUACUUUACGCAAAAAAAAAAUUCUGCAGAAAUCGUGAAAGGUUCACUUAUAUUCAUAUGUAGGAUACUAUGGGUACAGUAAUCGAAAAGUAUUCGACUCAAAAAAGCGAGUACGCAUAGCGAACGGAUUUGCCGAUAGUAUCUAAAAUUCGCUAGAUUUAACAGAAAACGGCUGAUGACUACUUACUAUGGCAUACACUAUAGCAUUUAACUUUAGCGUAAAAAGGGUAUAUCAAAGUAAUGCGAAAUUUAAGUAUCUUUUUCUAACUUGAGCGGUACUUUGUAUUUUCAAAGGUUUGUGACUUGAAACAUAUUCGAUUAAAUCAACUUAAACGACUAUUGCGGUAAUUCGAAACCUUCAAAAGGAAAUGCAAGUAGAGGCAAGACUGAGAUGACGCAACUAUUCAAUAUAGCGUAAAUAAGACUAUGAAUAACUAUUUGAAAUACACUAAGAAAAAUUAUAACUUAAAUGAGUACUGACAUUAUUUAAUUUGAAUAAUCUGAUAAAUAAUACGACUAUAUGUAGUUUUGAAACUUUGUACACAGUUUUUUAGAACAGCUCGUGAUUAAAAUUACUGUACUUUCAAGAAAGUAUACUGAGCAUGCAAAAUAUGCUAUACUUUCAAAAUUAUACUUUGUAAUGGCUAGAAUACAUAUACAUAUACAUGUGAACAUGCGACUGCGCAGAAGAGAAAUAAAUAAAACGAUAUUUAAAAAAAGA